AUGAUGAUAUUGAUGACGAUCCCAGUCUUCUCGCCGGGCGCGCGUCACCUACUGACUCACUUGACAAGCAGACGAAAGAGCACCGACCCACCGUCCCAAAGAGGAAAAGUAAUUGACACUGAGAUCGUCAGUGCAGGGGCGUUUCAGGGCCCGGCGUUGCCUCGUGCUGGAUCCCGCGAUCGAACCUCCUUGCAGGUCCCUACAGGGCCCUCUCCUUUGUUGUUUCACUGGGAGCAGUGGGAUCCUAGGGGGAGGGAGGGAUAG